AUGGCACCGCCCAAGCAGGCACAGAUCCUGCGCCUGGUCGUCGUCGGCGGCGGCGGGGUCGGGAAGAGCGCGCUGACGAUACAGUUUAUACAGCAAUACUUCGUGACAGACUACGACCCUACAAUCGAAGACUCCUACACAAAACAGUGCUUCGUCGAUGAUGACAUUGUCAAGUUGGAAGUGCUUGACACGGCGGGACAGGAGGAAUUUUCAACGAUGCGGGAGCAGUACCUCCGGACCGGAAACGGAUUUUUGAUAGUUUUCGCGGUGACCGACAGGAAUAGCUUCGAAGAGGUGCGCCGGUUGCACAAGAUGAUCACCCGGAUAAAGGACCGGGAUGAGUUCCCGGUGGUGCUGAUCGGCAACAAGGCUGAUUUGGAGCACGAGCGACACGUGGCGAAGGUCGAAGGCGAGGCCCUGGCACGAGAACUGGGAGUGCCGUACUUGGAAUGCUCAGCAAAGUUGCGGCUCAAUGUUGACCAGGCAUUUCACGAUCUUGUCCGGCUCGUAAGAAGAUACCAAAUCCUCGACCGGCAACAACCGAUGAACGGCCAUCCCUCCGCUGAUCAAGCAGAUAACGGCAAACCCAUCUCCCCAGCGAAGAAAAAGAAGAAGACAAAUUGUGGUAUACAA